AUGGGUGCAGCGAGUGCUUGCGGACUACAGCUUUAUUCAUUUGGCCAGACCGUAUCAAUCCCUUUUUUCCGGGAUGAAUGGCGUCCAGAUAGUUUUUAUGAAAAGAUUCAGUACAAUCGUCGCGGUGGCAUGCACACGCUCUGUUUGCUAGAUAUCAAGGUGAAGGAGCCUGACUUUGAAGCCAUGUGCCGUGGCCGUAAGGUCUUUCUGCCACCGCAUUUCAUGACGAUAAAUCAGGCUAUUGAACAGCUAAUUGAGAUCGAAGGAAAGCGUCAAGAAAGAGCUUACACCAAGGAUACACUUUGCGUCGGAAUGGCACGUCUUGGCCAGAAAGACCAGACGAUUAUUGCUGGAACCAUGGAGGAGCUGCUGACUGCAGAAUUCGGGGCGCCUCUGCACUGCCUUGCUAUUGCAGGAGACGUGCACCCACUUGAGGAAGAGAUGCUGAAACAAUUUUACUUAACAAAAUGA